GUUUCCUUCAAGGUAAAUCAUAUCAUUGCAAUGAUCUUUGCAACCUUUUAAUAUUGAAUUGUGUGAAUUUUAAAGUGUUUUAACAAGGACACAGCGGGUGCACUGACGUAUGGAAUUAUACAAAUGACCUUAAUGAAGUACAUGUAUAUAUAUAAUUGUAAAGUUGUCACGGUCAAUUCAUGCAAUGAGUUUGAAUGUAGAAAGAAAACCAUGUUGGAAACUGUCUAUCAUUCUGACGAUUCUAUUGUUGUUAUUAUCAUCAAUGUAUGCAGUCAUUACAAAAAAUCCCCAAAUAAUUCCGAACAUGAUGAAAACUAACUGCCCUACAGAAGUGAGUGGGAAAACAAACUAUGAUCCUGAAUUAAAUGGAGAGGUUCUCAAUGAUGUAUGGAAGAUGCGAAAUCAAUUAUCCCAACAAUUAAAUGAAAUGAGCAGAACAAUUGGACGUUUACAGUGCGAGAAUUCUAACAAAGAAACAUCAAAUAAAGGAGGAUGGUGUAAAGAUACAAGCUAUGAAGAUUCUGGAAGUCAUCUGACAGAUAAAGCCCUCAUCCCUACACUUUCUUCAUUUCUCAGUGGUAAAAAAGUAGCGAGCUUCGGUGAUGGACCCGGUGCUUACAAGCGGGAAAUACUCAAAUUAGGACAAGUCAAAUCUUACGACGCAUAUGACGGAGCGCCAUUUUGCGAGGAAACGAGUGAAGGGAGAGUUAAGUUUAUGGAUCUGACUAUACCACAAUACGGAAUUCCCCUUUAUGACUGGAUCUUGUCGUUAGAAGUUGCUGAACAUAUACCAAAACAAUAUGAAAGUGUUUAUCUAGAUAAUAUAUUUAGGCAUGCUCGGGAUGGAAUUAUAUUGAGCUGGGCUACACGGAAUCAGGGAGGCACAGGACAUAUCAACGAACAGUCUCCCCAAUACGUCCUUGACAUUAUGGAGAAGAAUGGGUUUUAUAGAGAUGAAAAGUCAUCCAAAGAACUGAGAAAGUCAUCUACAUUAUGGUGGCUUGCAAAAAAUACAAAUGUUUAUAGGAGAAUAAGUUAUAAACAAUUUGAGGAAAACAAUACGAUUUUUAAAUGGUAUUUAUGAUACUGUAAGCCGUUUUUUUUUAUGUAACCAAUCAUUGUUCAUGUAUUUUUAAUUUGUUAGUUCACUUUUUUUGUCACAUAAAUUAUAGGUUCUUCUGACAUUCAACGUUAUGUGAUCGUCGGAUAUUACGUAAAAUUAUCUCAGACUAGAAAAUAUGAAAACAAAAACCAAAUCAUGUAUCACUUCACAAAAUUGUAAAUAUUUC